GAAACGCCAGUGUGCGUCUGACAGUCGUUGCGAUCAGGCGAUGUACCUUGAACGGUAUAUCGAUUCGUUUGUGUUUGCUUGAUCGUUCAUAUUAUCGUGUGAACAACAUCGAACUGGUGCUGUGUUGGUUAAGAAAGUGCUGCUAUUUCAGAGAAAGAUAGACAUUUUCUUCGGAAUUCAUUUCAUUUUUCUCGAUUCUUCAUUGUAAACAGAAAGGAAGAAAGAGGAAGAGAGAAACCUCUUUUCACGAAUUUCCAUUCGAUUCGAUCAUCGUACCAGAGACUACAUACACACGUUGAGACUGGCAAUUUUUUUUGGAAACGAUCCAAAAUCAAGUUUUUACCAAACGAUUGCCUAAAUCGAUCGAUCGAUCGAUUCGCGAACGGAGGUAACUUAGAACACGUGCACCUCGAGAGUGAUAUGGAACAAGUUGCUCGUACGACGAGGCUCAAUCGUGUGGAGAGGCAGUGCGAAGUGAAAGCGCGAAGAUCGAUCGUUUCAAUCUUCGGAGAUCGUCGAUCGACGCGUGAAAUAUACGCUUGAGAACUACAGAGAAGAUCACUUCUCGGGCCUUCUGGUCCUCGGAGACCUCAUGGCACCCGAUCUUGAGAAAAGGCGGCAAGAACUUAGGAGGACCAACAGUUGUACCUUGGAACAGGGGCACGAGCACCUUCAAAUGCUUCUGCAACUUCGAUGCACCGGAAAUGCAUUGAUCGAGCCUUAUCGACACGGUAACAAUGCAGCUGGUCGAUCAUCAGCGGUGACAGGAUCGGUUCAUAGAAGCACCGUCACGUCGAGUAGCCGCGCGCAUUCCGCCUCAAGAAGGAUCAGCCACCAGCAACGCCAGCAACAACAAUCACAAUCGCAGCAACAGCAACAGCCUAAGAUAUCCUUAGGAUCUUUACGAAACUCGGAUGAGCACGGAUCGAGAGGCGGCUCGGCACAGGACAGUUGCGAUAGCUCCAACGAUUCCGGCCUCGGCUUCGAGGACCGUCAACAACACCUUACGAACGCAAACGCUUGGAACGGCGCCGGCGAGGAGGAUUCAAAGAGGAGAAAGAUGGACAUUAAGCUGGAGUCCGAGGACGCGAACUUCUCCUUCCCGGAGGUUACACACACGACCAAUUCUGACAGCAAGACGGCCAAUAGAGGCUCGUCCAAUGGAAUAGGUGGAUUAGCUACGAUCUCAGGAAACAGGACAGGAAACGGAGCCACGGGGAGAGUGGUGGAAGUCUCGAGAUCUCGUCCAGGCUUGGGUGUCCUUGCUAAGAGGACUCAGCAGGGCCCUGUCACCCUCACCUCUCAACUGUGUACUGCUUCUACAGAUGGAAAGGUGCAAUUGCAAAUUAUCUGUCAACCCGAGCAGCAGCACAGAGCUCGUUAUCAGACGGAAGGUUCGAGAGGAGCAGUGAAGGAUCGAACCGGAAAUGGAUUUCCAAUUGUUCGUCUCGUUGGUUACGAUAAACCAACUACCCUUCAAGUUUUCAUCGGCACGGAUCUUGGUCGUGUCGCUCCCCAUAUGUUUUACCAAGCUUGCCGUGUAAGCGGUAAAAAUUCAACGCCAUGCAUCGAACGAAAAAUCGACGGUACCAUCGUGAUCGAGGUGGACAUGGAUCCAGCGAAAGACAUGAUGGUCACGUGCGACUGCGUCGGUAUUUUGAAAGAACGGAACGUCGACGUGGAGCACAGAUUCCCUCAGGAAGCCGGAGUGCUUCAAGGACGUAGCAAGAAAAAAUCAACUCGUUGUCGCAUGGUUUUUCGUACUAGAAUCACUCAUCCCGAUGGUAGUUCGGAAACUUUGCAAGUUUGUUCUCAACCGAUAGUUUGCACUCAACCACCGGGAAUACCGGAGAUCUGUAAGAAAUCACUCACAUCGUGUCCAUGUACCGGAGGAUUAGAAUUAUUUAUACUUGGAAAGAAUUUUCUGAAAGAUACUCGCGUAGUAUUUCAACUAGACAACGAUGAUCUAUCGAGUAGUUUGGAGCCGCAUUGGGAGUGCGCGGUUCUACCUGACAAGGAGUUUCUGCAACAAACGCACCUGGUUUGUGUGGUACCUGCAUACAGGCGGCAAGAUCUGGCACCCUCGGAAACGGUUAGCGUAAAAUUGUAUGCGGUAUCGUCUGGAAAAACGAGCGAGCCUCAUACUUUCCUUUAUACCGCUGCAUCUACGCCACCCGAGCCAUCUGUGGGCAAAAUCGAGUCUAUAACUUCGCCUCUAUCCACUACUAACGGUGAUACUACUCUAGCAACAUCUCCUGCAGCAGUGUCUCUAACUACAGGUGUAACAUCAAACACUCUGAUUACACAAGCAGCCGCAGGAACAGCAAAUUUCUUAACGACUAUACAGCCACAACAGCCAACAUCUCAAACACCGGAAGCUCUUAAGAGCGAUCCAAGUCCGCCACCGGUGACGGCAUCCUCUCAGGUAACACCCGUUAUGAUGUGGGCUGCACAAAGUUCAAAUUGUCAAAAUUCACCGCCUGACGUGAUGAUGCCGCCACCAGCUUUGGUAGCGAAUCCGCUUUUAAAUCGCAGAUCAUCUUCGAAUCUUCAAUUAAUUCUGCCAGAUAAUUUGAAGACCGAGGUACUAGACGAGAAUAGCGAAAACAGUAUGAUUAGCGAAAACAGCAUGCAGAGUAUACCGACGCCGACUGCGAACAGUUCGAAUGGUACCAGCCCGUUGCAACAGCUCGUCAGCGAGAAUUCGAGGGAAGCACCUCAGGCUAAUAUGAUUAGGUCAGUUCCUGUGACGGCGAACGGUUCACCUGUGCAAGAGGCGGUCAAUCUCCUCGGCGUGGUAGAUCUAAUGCGAAAUCCACAUCCAUUGUCGUUGGUGUCGACACACCAGAACACCUUCGGAGGUAUGCACGAAACAUCUCAAGUCAAAGUUCUAAGUCCUCAUCAUAUCAACAAAGAAACUAAUCCGAUGUUGCCGGCAGAAGGCAGUCCUAAUGGAAGUCUUCAGGGCGGCGGUGUUGUUGAUCUUCGCAUGAAGCAUCAUCAGUCGGAGUUCGCUACACUACCAAAUUUUACCGCUACAUCAAACGGACAGCUACCUGCACAGAGUGCCCAUAGCGUAGAAAAAUAUCUCAACCAUAUCGAAUCGAACGUCAAAGAGGCUGAGGGUCAAGAGAAUGGAUUCGUAGGUACCAUACAACAACGAGCUUCCAUUAUUACUACAGGACGCCAGCCUCAGCAAGGACAAGCUUCCAAUAUUUUAGCUUCUUCCCCUCAAGGCGUCAAGUUAGAUACUCUCGUUAACUCUGGCGCUGAAUCUCAUCAAUUGGUGUCCCCUCUGCGUACCGUAAAUCCCAAUAGUAAUACCAUAAUGAGUCAUGUUUCCGCAGUUACUGAUCACGAAACGAUCUCGAGCCCCCAACAAAAUAGAAGUAGUCCACCAAAUAACGUCAAGACGAUUCUCGAAGCUUUCCUGCCGGGUCAAACCGUGACACCUUUGCCAGGGAAUGCUGCAACGUCCGUUCCAUCGCCCGCAUCAGUGGUCUCGGAGCAGACUAACGGCGAUAGUUUGCUCACUACUAUCAACGCUGCUCUUUUACCGUCGAUGCAGGAGCCGUCCGUGGCUGCGACCGGUACGUCGAAUUCUAACGUUAGUGUACCAUCUCAUAAUCCGUUACAAGUUACGAACGAGAGUAUGUCGACAGCGGCGGAGCACAUUCCGCAGAUUCCGGGUCUUAUACAACAAGAUGUUGUAGCGAUUCAACAAGCGCAUCAAGUGGAACAGGUUGUCGCACAAGCGCAACAGCAAGUCGAACAGGUUGUCGCCCAGGCACAGCAGCAAGCGGUCCAAGCUGUGCAACAGGCGCAGCAGCAAGUUGUUCAACAUGUGGUGCAGCAUGCGCAAGUUGUCCAGCAGGCUGUACAACAGGUGCAAGCGGUACAACAAGUUCAAGUACCGGCAGUUCAGCAAGCUGUCCAGCAAGCAACGCAGGAAGUAGUUCAACAAGCGGUGCAGCAAGCUACGCAGGAAGUUGUACAACAAGUUCAAGCUGUUCAGCAAGCGGUUCAGCAAGCGCAAGCGGCUCAAGCGAUGCAACAGGCGGUGCAACAAGAUAUCGGUUCCAUGUUAAAUCAGCCGGCAGGUUUCGUUGCUGAAGCUAGUUCAGCUCUAGCGAGUGGAGCGGCCCAGGAACCAUCUCAACAAAGGCUAACUAAUUAUGCUGAGCAAGCGAUUAAUAAUGUAAUUACUAACGCUACUCAAGAUAUUAUUAACAAUCGACCCAUUACUACGACAACCGCGCACGCCAUUAUCGCAACGAAGAACAUAUUAAAUAGUGUGGCCACUCAAAGCGCGCAAUUAAUGAACAGUGCUAUGGAGGGUAUUUUGCCUAAAUCACCUUCAGGUCAGAAUAAUAUCGUUGAACAAGUGGCGAAUAAAACACCCAACAGUCAAAAUGUAAACCCACCUAUAACAAAUGCAGCUAAUAGUGCAAACGGUACAACUGUUAGAAAGCAGGAAGAUGGUAUGUUGCCUCAAGAGCUUACCUCGAUGUCAGAGCAUGAUCUGUUAAGCUACAUAAAUCCGAGCUGCUUCGAUCCUCAAAACGGUUUUCUUAUGUAGUACUGCCGUAUUCUUGUCAUUAAAAUAUAAUUGUGUAUUCGAUGUAUCUUAGGAUACAGAGAGAAGGCGUGAGGGAAAGGAAAUGUGUGAGCGAGCCAGCGAGAGAGAGAGAGAGAGAGAGAGAGAGAGAGAGAGAGAGAGAGAGAGAGAGAGAGAGAGAGAGAGAGAGAGA